GCAAAAAAGACGCGCCACAUGUCGGAUUCGAAGUAAACAGAUGCACACCAGCUACAUUUUUGAAUUAUCUGCGUUUAAUAUGUUCACCGCAUUCUAAAUGGGUGCUUUAUUAUAUUCAGUUACAGAUAACAACUCUUAAAGUCACUGAAAGUCGCUAAACAUCACGAUCAGUUUGUUGUGGUAUAACAGCCAGAAACAUUAUGUGGCCGGUGCCUUGAUUCGUGAUUAAAUUAAUCAGCAAGAGGCGGGGAAUAAUUUAUGUGCACUUAAUCAACAGGAAUACUGCGGUAACAUAGAAUGGAUUGUGUUGCGACCGGAGGAAACGUAAAAGUUUUAGCAAGAGCAAUACAUUCCCUGUCAAGGAUCGGAGAGGAGCUGUAUUUGGAGCCAGUGGAGGAUGGGCUGGCUUUGCGUUCAGUCAACUCUUCCCGCUCAGCUUUUGCCUGUUUCCUGUUGUCUCCUCUCUUCUUCCAAAGAUAUCAGGCUCCAUCAGACCAGAGAUUUCGCUGCAAAAUGCCUAUCAAGAGUGUUCAGGCAGUGUUCAAGUCCCUGUCCUCUCUGGAGCGUUCGGUCGAGAAAUGUCGUGUUCAGCUGAACAAUGAGAAGAGUCGGUUGACCAUAACUCUGCAUUGUAAACAUGGGCUCUUGAAAACACACAAUUUGUCCUUUCAGGAUUGUGAAAGUUUGCAAGCUGUGUUUGAUAAAGAGAGCUGUGCGAAUGUGCUACAAGCUCAACCCAGGUUGAUGGUGGACACAGUUCUGCAUUUCCCUCCGUCUCUAGAAGAGGUGAAUCUGUCAGUGAGCAGUGAUCGAGUGUGGCUCAGGAAUCAUGUGGAAGAUGAUGCAGAUUCUUCUCGGGGAAUGAUGACAGAGCUGUGUUUAAGCUCAGAGGAGUUUGAUCACUUUGCUGUUAGUACUCAAACCAGUAUCACCUUCUGCCUGAAAGAGCUCAGGGGUUUACUUGUGUUUGCUGAGUCGUCUGGACUUCCAAUCUCAAUGUGUUUUGAUGAGCCAGGCAAUCCAGUUAUACUGAGUGUGUCUGACAGUGUUCUGGAGGCUAAUUUUGUACUCGCUACUCUGUCCGAGGACUCGCGUCCUAAGAACCACAUCAACGCCAACACAAAACGUCUUGAGACGGAGCAACCACCAGACGACUUCAUGUCCGAUGACAUGGACUCAUUUCUCAUCGCCAUGGAGACCAGUGAACUUCCUGGGCCAUCACAUGUACCUACCUCCCCACCUCGUACCACCAAUAACAGAAAGCACCCAGCAAGUGAAGGAGAGGAGGAGAAGGAGGAGCAGGAGGAAGCACUUACAAAUAGACCUCCUAAUAAAAAGUUUUGUUCCCUUUUCUUUGGUUCAGUUCUGCCCACUUCUCAGCUGACCAAUCAGACGAUACAGAGCCAGGAAGUGCUUGCUAGUGACAGUGAUGAUGAACAUCAGACAGAAUAAACAACAUCCAUCAAUCAAACUAUUGCCUAUGAUCC